GGGGUGAAUGGGUGAUCAAGAAGGCCUAUGGCCUAGGUUGGUGACUUCCAUUGCACUUAGGAAGGGUGCCUGCCUAAGGUCUCCUCAAGUAGGAGAGCCUACAUCAUAAUUUGUGGUAGUGGGGACUUGCGUUCGCUCAGUCCCUAUCCAAUUUCAGUUUAAAGUCUUUUAAAUCAUAUAUAAAUUGGAAGAAAGUAGCUUUUGGCUGUGGCCGUCCAUUUUAUUUACACAUAUUUUAAAUUUAUGGGGUAAGGUGAGUGGGUCCUGACAGAGAUAAAAAAAUGAAAGAUAUAUGGGAAUUGUGGAGUAGGUGAAUUGGUGUACUAGACUAGUAGGUGAUGGUGUAUUAAAAAACAAGGCCGCUAUAAAAUUAUAAAUAACGUGAAUAAUAUAUAAGGCAGUUGGUGAAAAAUGUCGAAUUUGGAUCUCUCAAAAAUUUCUCUGCGGCCAUUCAAGCUAAGCGAUGUUGACGACUUUUUGCUAUGGGCUGGGGAUGAUCAAGUCACACAAAACUUAAGAUGGAAGACUUGUGGUUCAAGGGAAGAGGCUUUGGCCUUCAUAAGAGACGUGUGCAUACCUCAUCCAUGGCGACGCUCAAUCUGCCUUGACGACCGUUCCAUAGGCUUUGUUUCGGUGUAUCCGUGGUCAGGUGAUGAUAGAUGCAAGGCUGACAUAGGCUAUGCCGUAGCCGCAGACUACUGGGGCCAAGGCAUAGCCACCAAAGCAGUGAAGAUGGCUGUGCCUCAAGUGUUCAGUGACUUGUCUCAUCUGGUAAGGUUGCAGGCUUUCACUUCCCCUCAGAACAAGGCUUCUCAGAGAGUACUGGAAAAGGCUGGGUUCCUUAAGGAGGGUCUGCUCAGAAAGUACACUUAUUUUAAAGGAAACAUUAAGGAUUCGAUAGUGUUUAGUUUCUUGUCAACUGAUGAAUUUCCUCAUGAUGACUAGUGGAAAUAAUCUAAUAUGGUUUGUGCUGGAAAUAGUGUCUAAUGAAAUCCCUUUUGUUAUGGGAUAUGCUUGUAUUGUAUAUUUCUUUCUUUAAUGUGAUGCUUCUUUUGAAACAA